CCUUCAUUUGCCAUUUUACUUUAGUAAUUCAAAUUCCCAUUUCAGAAAGAUUCGUGGUUUUUGUUAUACUUACUGUAAGAUAACAAAACCCAUUUCACAUUUGCCUGUUGUUUCACUUCAAUCACUCAAAGAUCUACUUCAGUUCAUGCUCUCUUUGUUCUUUCUAGAAGGCAACAGAUACCCAUUUCUUCCCCUUCUGCUGUAUCUCUCUUCAAUUACACAGAUCCAUUUCUGAAAUAAUCAUGAUCUUGUUCUUCUUUCUGUAAGAUAACAAAUGCCCAUUGCUUUGUUUUCUGUUUUGCAUUUACUUCAAUUACACAGAUUCAUUUCUGGAAAUUCCUGCCGAAGCAUCAGAGAAUACCCAGUUCUUCUUCCUUUUCUGUUCUUUUAGUUAUAUGAAUGGAAGAUUCGCAGAAAUUACUGCUUUUCGAUGUAAGAUAACAAGUACCCAUUUAUUCUCUUUCUCUGUUAUCUUACAUCAAUGGCUGGAAGACCCGUCUUAGAAAGAGCUUCAGUGGAAGCCGGAUCCAGCUCAAAAGCCAUGGAAAAUACCAACCCAGGAAAGGGUCAGCAGAAGCCUGGGCCAUGGCCUCCAAAGAUUGAACCAUUCAUCCCAAACACCAACGAUUACAAUCCAAGAGAAUUGAAAUCUUGGGCGAAGAGGACUGGUUUCAAUCCUAACUUUUCUGGAGAGACCAUUAGCAGCAUUAGCGAGAGAGACCCAGAUGAGAAAAAUGCGGUUUCUGGGUUUGACUUUGAGAAGGGUCCCGAUCGGCAAGAUGAGUCAUCACCCAAAAUCGAGAUCGAUCCGGUUUUGGGCCGGGCGGCCAGGACUCAGAACACGGGAAUUGAGAUUGAGCCAGUUUCAGGUUCUACAAAUGGUGUUGAGAGAGCCGAAAGCGACGCUCUUUUGGGUUCUACAAGGGGAUUGAGGAGAGCUGAAACUGAGAAAAGGCGGAUUCGGAUUGAGCCUGUUUUGGAAUCUAAGAAUGUUGAUAGAGUUGGGUUAGGACCUGGUUUGAGUCCUAAGAAUGUUGGCUUGAAUGGAAAUGGAAAUGGAAAUGGAAAUGGACAUGGGAAUGUCAAGGAAGUUCCAGCAGUUACUCCAACUGAUGAGCCCAAGAAGGACAUCGGCAAGGCAGAAAGACAAGUGGAAAUUGAUAUGUUUUCGGAGCCUCAAGAGCCCGAGAAUCCUGUGUCACACAGACCUCUGGGGAUGAGGUGUGGGUUGAAAGAAAAUCCAGGCCUCGCCCGCCUGGUUUUUUACGGUGUGCAGCACUAUUUAUCACUGGCCGGUUCGCUUGUUUUCAUCCCUUUGAUCAUUGUGCCUGCCAUGGGUGGAACUGAUGAGGAGACCGCCAGUGUCAUCUCCACCUUGCUUUUGGUGUCUGGUGUGACAACGAUACUGCAAUCCUACUUUGGGACUCGGCUUCCGCUGGUUCAAGGAAGCUCGUUUGUGUAUUUGGCCCCUGCUUUAGUUAUCAUAAAUUCUGAGGAGUUUCGAAAUCUUAGCAGAAAUAAAUUUAGGCACACAAUGAGGGAACUGCAAGGAGCUAUUAUCGUUGGUUCAAUCUUUCAGUGCAUCUUGGGAUACACUGGUCUUAUGUCACUUCUUCUGAGGUUGAUAAACCCAGUGGUGGUUGCACCCACCGUUGCUGCAGUGGGUUUAGCAUUCUUUAGCUUUGGGUUUCCUCAAGCUGGUACUUGCGUAGAAAUCAGCAUUCCACAGAUUUCGUUGGUUCUUCUUUUCGCGCUGUACCUUCGAGGAGUUUCCAUCUUUGGGCAUCGUGUAUUCAAAGUUUAUGCGGUUCCCCUUAGUAUUGUUAUAGUAUGGGUAUACGCGUUCUUUUUGACAGCAGGAGGGGCUUACAACUAUAAAGGCUGCAGCUCAGACAUUCCUAGCUCAAACAUCUUAUUAGAUUCAUGUAGAAGGCAUGCAUUUACCAUGAAGCAUUGUCGAACUGAUGCUUCCAAUGCAUGGAGAACAGCUGCUUGGGUUCGAAUUCCCUACCCUUUGCAGUGGGGCAUCCCAACCUUCCAUUUCAGGACAUCAAUCAUUAUGAUCAUCGUAUCAUUGGUGGCAUCCGUAGAGUCGGUUGGAUCAUAUCAUGCUGCAGCAUUGCUAGUUAAUUUGAGUCCUCCAACGCCCAGGAUUGUCAGUAGAGGAAUAGGCUUAGAAGGAUUUUCAAGUAUACUGGCUGGACUUUGGGGCACAGGUACCGGGUCAACAACACUGAUAGAAAGUGUCCGUACCAUUGAUAUAACAAAGAUGGCAAACCGAAGGGCCGUGGUACUUGGAGCAGUCUUAUUGAUCUUCUUCUCCUUUGUAGGAAAAGUGGGUGCGAUUCUUGCUUCCAUCCCGCAGGCCUUGGCUGCCUCUGUACUGUGCUUCACAUGGGCCCUGGUUGCAGCACUGGGUCUAUCGACUUUGCAAUAUGGCCAAACAGCAAGCUCAAGAAACAUAAUCAUUGUUGGUUUUACCUUGUUUAUGUCUUUUUCAGUGCCUGCGUAUUUUCAGCAAUAUCAGCCUAUUACCAGCAUUGUGCUGCCAAGCUAUUAUAUUCCUUAUGCAGCAGCAUCAAAUGGACCAGUCCACAGUGGCAGUAAAGCGUUCGAUUAUGCUAUAAAUGCACUUUUGUCGAUGAACAUGGUCGUGGCGUUCUUGGUGGCAUUUGUAUUGGAUAACACAGUUCCGGGGAGCAGGCAAGAAAGAGGAGUGUACAUAUGGUCAGCUGCCGAUGACACGGAAAAUGACCCAUCCCAUCUUGCAGAUUAUUCCUUGCCGAAAAGGAUCUGCAAGUUCUUUCCGUGCUCAAAAUGCUUUGGUGCAUAGAGUAUGCAAGCAAUGAAAAUUUAAUAGACAACGAUUCAUAGACAGAGGAUAUUAUUUAUUCAAAGUCAUGUCUAUACACGGUUUGUUGUCUAUAGGCUGCUUUUUAUUUAUUAUAUACGAAAUAAGAAAUGGGAAGUUCUACAUGUAAGAAGAACAAAGGUACACAGAUGAAUGCAUUCAAUGGCUAAGUAUUCUUUCGCAGGCAGGA